CAGCCCUGACACAUUCUUCAGCACAAUGAAUGGUUCUUGCUUGAAUUUCGACAGCCCCAUUCGCGACGCCAUUUCCAGGAUCCGGUUUGCUCCGCUUUCCAACAAUCUUUUAAUUUCCUCUUGGGAUUCGACACUCCGACUUUUCGAUGUGGAUAAAUGCGAGCUCAGGUUCGAAGCUCCUAAUGGAGGAUCGGGGCUUCUAGAUUGCUGUUUCGAGAGUGAAUCAGUUGCUCUCACGGCAAAUUCCGAUGGUUCCGUUAUCAGGUAUGACAUGGGUGUGGGGAACAGCAAAGCAAUAGGGAAACAUGAAGAUUUGGCAACCUGUAUUGAAUAUUCUGAGGAAAAGCGUCAAGUCAUCAGCGCCGGUUGGGAUAAAAAAGUGAAAAUUUGGGAUCCACGUUCAACUAGCUCUCUCGGAUGUUUGAGUAGUUUAGGCAUGGAGGUAGAAUCCAUGUCACUUUCAGGGUUGAGUCUGAUGAUUGCUCACAAGUCAUCAGUGCAUCUUUAUGACUUGCGUCACUUAGAUAAAUCAUUUGAAGCCAAAGAGUACUUCAUGGACAUCCAUAUAAAAUGUGUCCGUACAAAUUCAGAACUGGAAGGGUUUAUAGCUGGAUCAGUAGAUGGACGUGUUGCAUUGAAACAUGUUGGUCAAUCCAAAACAGAUGAAGGAUAUGCUUUCAGAUGCUAUCCAAAAGAUAAGAAUGGAAAACAUCUGGUGGCAGUAAAUGACAUUGCAUUUAAUCCAUCCUUACGUGGAGUCGUUGUCACUGGUGAUAAUGAGGGUUAUGCUACGAUAUGGGAUGUCAUAAAGAGGAGACGGUUGCUGGAGUUUCCCAGAUUUCCCAACAGUGUUGCAUCUUUGGCAUGUAAUCAUGGGGGGCAGCUCUUGGCGGUCGCAUCAAGUUACACUUACCAGGAGGCCAAUGAAAGAGAAGAGCAUCCUCAGAUAUUCAUGCAUCAUCUCGAUGCUCAACAGAUUGAAUCAAUCUCAGCCAGUAGUUCGACGAAGACACCGCCGCCGUCGCCGUCGCCGUUGAGGAUGUCGGACGAGGAGCAUCAGUUCGAAUCAAAGGCCGACGCCGGCGCCUCCAAGACUUACCCCCAGCAGGCCGGCACCAUCCGUAAGAACGGUUACAUUGUUAUCAAGGGCCGCCCCUGCAAGGUUGUGGAGGUUUCAACUUCCAAAACUGGAAAGCACGGCCAUGCCAAAUGUCACUUUGUUGCAAUUGACAUCUUCACUUCCAAGAAGCUCGAGGAUAUCGUUCCCUCUUCCCACAAUUGUGAUGUUCCACAUGUUAAUCGCACUGACUACCAGCUUAUCGACAUCUCCGAGGAUGGAUUUGUGAGCUUGCUUACUGACAAUGGUAACACCAAGGAUGAUCUCCGUCUUCCUACUGAUGAGGCUCUCCUUACCCAGAUCAAGGAUGGGUUUGCUGAAGGGAAGGACCUUGUUGUGAGUGUUAUGUCUGCAAUGGGGGAAGAGCAGAUCUGCGCCCUCAAGGAUAUUGGUCCCAAGUAGUCUGGGAUUGCUGUGAUCUGAUAAUUAUAGUUUUCUAAAUGAUGGGAGGAUCAUUUUCCAUCGUAUGAUUCAGGAUAGUUUUAGACUGGAUUGUUGAUGGUUUGUGUCACUUUCCUAUUAUUAGGAUGGCUGUUAUGUUUCUUUUCCUCUUUCCAUUUUUGUUCUGUUUGAACUUCUGUCAUGUUUUAUUGCUGGGGGAUUUUAGAUUUGAUAUGUUGGAAACUGAAUUCUUCUCAUGUGGUUAUAUAUAUAUGUGCUGAAUCAAGAUUAAUUGUGAUGGGUUUUACAUUGUAAUCAUCACAUUAUGAAAUAAGAUGGCUGGUGUUUUUAUUA